CCCGCCAGUAGCGCAGGCUGGAGGGAGGCAGCGGCUGCGGGAUGGAGCAGGACGCGGGGCAGGGCCCGUCCGUCUUCGACCUGCCCAAGAGAACAUCACCAAAGAAGCCACCUCCUGGCUAGCUUCUGAUCUCAGUUACUGUGGUGCAAACCUGGCAUAAAUGAUAUCAGUAUCUGGCUUUCUUUCCAUGUUUGACUCACUUCAAUCUUUGCUGCUGGUAGAACUUCAUGUCCACCUGGAUGGCGCCAUUAAGCCAGAAACAAUCUUACACUUUGGCAAGAAAAGAGGAAUUCCGCUCCCUGGUGACACUGUUGAAGACCUCUUGGAGCUCAUCAGUUACUCGGAGCCACUCACUCUCACCCAGUUUCUAGAAAAGUUUGCUCUCUACAUGCCUGCCAUUGCGGGGGACCGUGAUGCUGUGAGAAGAAUAGCCUAUGAGUUUGUAGAAACGAAAGCAAAAGAAGGUGUCAUCUACGUUGAGGUCAGGUACAGCCCUCAUCUCCUAGCCAACUGCAAAGUUCAUCCUGUUCCAUGGGACCAAGAAGAGGGCGACCUCACUCCGGAUGAAGUGGUUCACCUCGUUAAUCAGGGAUUACAGGAUGGAGAAAGGGAUUUCAACAUCAAAGCCAGGUCUAUUCUAUGCUGCAUGCGCCAUAUGCCAAGCUGGUCAUUGGAGGUGGUGGAGCUGUGUAAGAAAUACCAGAACAAUACGGUGGUAGCUAUAGACCUGGCUGGGGAUGAGUUGGUGUCCGAGACCUUCCCAGAGCAUAGGAAGGCUUAUGAGGAAGCUGAAAGAUGUGGCAUUCAUCGCACUGUCCAUGCUGGGGAGGUUGGGCCACCGUCUGUCAUCAAGGAGGCAAUCAAUGUCCUGAAGACAGAACGGAUCGGCCACGGCUACCAUGUCCUGGAAGACCCAGCCCUUUAUAGGGAGCUGUUGAGUAAGAAGAUGCAUUUUGAGACCUGUCCUUGGUCCAGUAUCCUCACCGGAGCAUGUGAUCCAGACUUUAGGAAACACCCACUAAUUCAGUUUAGGAAAGAUAAAGCCAAUUACUCCCUGAACACUGAUGACCCCCUCGUUUUUAAUUCUUCAAUUGAGACUGAUUACAGAAUAGCUAAGCAGUCCCUGGACUUCACGGAGGAGGAGUUCAAGAGAGUGAACAUCAAUGCAGCUCAGUCCAGCUUCCUGCCUGAGAAAGAAAAGAAGGAGCUUCUCAGUAAACUGUAUGAAGCCUACGGGAUGGUCCCGAACAACCCAUCCUAAUCCUGCUUCUACCAGCCGGCAAGGUGCAUAUUCACCUCUCCCCAUGCGUGCUCAACUCCUCUUUGUUUUAGUGGGAGCAUAGGGGGAGGAGAUGCCAUGACACCAGCGCAUAAUACUGGUAUUAUUAUGCUGACCUUUGCAGUCCGAGGCAUAUACUAUAAAUCAGUAUUUCCAUGGUUCCCACCAUAUAUACCUACCUACAGCAUCCACGUACUAAAUACAUAUCUGAAUUCGUAUAUUUCUGAUGCACAAAUGUACAGGUGGUAUUUUCUGGCAUAAUUCCAUUGUGGCUUAUGCUGGUUUUACAUCCUGGUGUAAAUGAGAGCAAAAUAAGGCCCUCUUUCUUUGUGGUGGUGGUAGCAACAUUUUUAUGCAACUUUUUGGUGCUCUAGUUCCAUUGCUGAUCUACCUUAGUCCCUCUCUGCACUACAAACGUAAUCAUGUUGAGCAGCAGCUGUGGUCAAACCAUGGUAGAAGACAGGUUUUUCCUCCCACCUUGUUUGUGUGCGUCGAACUGGGUAAAAUACAGCUUUAGUCACCCCAGAGCCAUUCACGAAUUUGACUUGCAUUUGCUGAGUGCAAACUGAAACAUACCAGUGACCUAACUCAAAAUGUUUCAAAUUUGGCCAUUUGUCUAGUGUGCAGAGGCCAGGGAGGACCUCCCUUUUACAGCCUUUAGCCCAUUGGUUAGGGUACUGUCCCGGAAAGAGCUGCUCAGCCUACUGAAAAGACCUAACUGGACCAGAACCCAAGCUGAGCACAGCUGACCUGAGUGUCAAGUCUUUUUCAGAAUGAACCUCCUGAACCAGUCCCAAUCUGCAUCAUCACCGCCACCACCUUGUCCUUAGGGCUCGGCCUGGUAAGAGUUAGUCACUCCUGACUCCUCCUCUGGCCACCUCUUGCCCAUGUGAUGCCUGCGUGUCCCUUGCCAGCUGCCCCCACCUUGCUGCGCCGAGGUAUUGCAAUUUGUCAGCAUGCCCAGCCCCGAGGGUCAGGUUUUUUCAGAUCUGACCCUGACAGACCUACGCUUCUACCUUAUGAAGAAGAAAGAAUUGAACAUGGGUCUCACACAUUGAAGGAGACCACCCUACCCAUUGGGCUAUGGGAUAUUCUGGUGUGGGGCUUUCUCCCUCUCCCCUGUGAAAGCUGUUCUACUGUAUGUAAAUAAUU